UAUGUCAGUAUGUGAAUACAUGGAAUAACAUGAGUGUCAUCAUGGUUAUUUAUGAACAUUGAUGAUCUGUAUUUGAUGAUCUGGUACUUCCAACGUCACUAGGCUGAUGACUUUGUAAAAUUAUUUCACCAGUGUCCUUACUCCUUGUUUUCACUUCAUUGCAAAAAUAACCAGGAGCAUGGAAGCAUCAGAGAAGCCAGUCAAUGGAGUUGUUGAUCAGUGGAGUCAUCAAAAAGAUGAUGGAAAGAGGCCUGAUCAUGAUGAAGAUUAUGUAGGGAUCAGUUAUGAAGAGGGGAAACAUUAUCCUGAUCAUUUGCAUGCUUGUCAUGCUGUGAUAUGGUCUGCGAACAAAGACAAGGCAUUCGAUGAAUCUGACGCCAGAGGAUCGGUGAUGAUGCAUGUCCGGUUCGAUGGCUACUUUGGUUUUGCUGGAGGUAUUGUUGACCCGGGAGAAGAUAGAGAGACAGCUAUCAAUCGAGAACUUAAUGAGGAGCUAGGCCUCGACACGAGCUUGUUCAAAGUGACUCCAGAACAUCACUUAGUUUCCCAUUUGUACGAGACGAAUAAAAAGAAAUUAUGUCUUCAUUUCUACUCCUUGGAAGUCAGCCAGGCAGAGUUCAACGAUAUUGAGAGGAAUGUGUUGAAUUCUAUUCAUUAUGGGAAAGAGGUUUUUGGGAGUAUUCGUGUACCCCUCUUCACGUUACAGGAUGGAAUGAGAGGACUGCCAAUAUUUCUUUGUGGGAAUUUUGCAGGAAAUGGAAGAACUCAGCUACUUACUGCCAUAAAGGCUGCAGGACUUCUUUCAGAUGAAGAAAUUCAAAAGGCCAAAAUUGCAGCUGAGAAAUUUAGAUCAACAAAUAGAAGAUGAUAGUGCAGAGUGAAAUAUGAAAAUAGGAGGAAAUUAUGUAUGAUCUCAUUACAAUAGUCGUACUUCCACCUAUCAAAUCCCCGUGUCUUUUACGCUUACACCUAUGAAUUGCCGUGUCUAAAUAGACCCGUGUGUCAAAUCCCUGUGUCUAUUAGCCCCAUCGAGCUCGAUGGGGCUAAUCGGGGGCUAAUUUAGACCCGUGUUCAACACAGGUUUUUUGAUAGGUGGAAUCUGAAUUGCCCCGGCAAUUGCAAGUUCUAAGACCCGGCGACAGAUGGCGCGGUGUAGUUGCCUCGGUAUUGCGCACGCGAAAUUCCCCUCCAACGGGAAAGAAACACAGGAGAGCUCCCUACCUACAGCGCACCUGUCACCGGGGCUAUUAACCAUUAUCUAACACCACUGAUAGAUAAGUGCACCCCAGGUUUUUUGACACACGGCGAAGACAUGGGUCUUGGAAAAACACGGGGUUUUAUGAUAGGUGGAACUACGACUAUGUAAUUAAAUAAAUACUGUUAUUC